AUGAAGACCUCACCAUUACUGUUCUACCUCUCUCUUGGGGCUGUCGCCAUAUCCGGCGUAUCCGCUGCUGACGAGAGUUGGAGCACCAUCCCCGACAUUGAAGUCUACGGCCAGCACUUCUUUUACACCAACAACGGCUCCCAAUUUUUCUUGAAAGGCGUAGGAUACCAGCAGGACUAUGACGCUACCGCCACAAGCAGCUCAUCCAACACGAACUAUGUCGAUCCGCUGGCCGACGCCGACAGCUGCAAACGCGACAUCCCCUACAUGAAGGAGAUCUUCACCAAUGUCAUCCGUGUCUACGCCGUCGACCCGACGCAGGACCACGACGACUGCAUGGCCCAGCUGGCGUCUGCCGACAUUUACGUCAUGGCCGAUCUGAGUGCCCCCAAUGUCUCCAUCAACAGCAACGACCCGGAGUGGAACAUGGAGCUGUAUGAGCGCUAUACGGCCGUCAUCGACGCCUUUGCCAAGUACAACAACGUUAUUGGCUUCUUCGCCGGAAACGAGGUGGUCAGCGCCGACAACCAGACCGCCGCCGCCGCCUUCGUCAAGGCCGCCGUGCGCGACUCCAAGUCAUACAUCCAGGGGAUGAACUACCGCAGUUCCCUAGGUGUCGGCUAUGCCACGGCAGAUGUGGCCACCCGUGAUGACCUGGCCUACUACUUCGCCUGCGAACCCACGGGCGACAACUCCACCUCUAUUGACUUCUGGGGGUACAAUGUCUAUUCUUGGUGCGGUAACAGCUCCUACACCGAGUCUGGCUACAGCUCGCGCUACGACUUCUUCAAGGACUACCCGGUCCCCGUUUUCUUCGCCGAGUACGGCUGCAUUGAGGGCAUUGAUGGCGGCGCCACCAACAGACCCUUUGACGAGGUCGAGGUCCUCUACGGUCAAAUGAGCGACGUUUUCUCCGGUGGCAUUGUCUACGAGUACUUCAUGGAGGACAACGAGUAUGGCCUCGUCACCAUCAAGGACAACUCGGUCUCGGCCUACCCUGACUACACCUCGCUGAGCAAGAAGCUGGCCACCGUCUCGCCCACCAUCACCCAGUCGAGCGCCUACACGCCCUCCAACACGGUGCCCGCCUGCCCCACGGUGGGCGUUUCCUCGGGCACCACCUGGGCCGCUAAGCCCUCGCCCCUGCCUCCCUUCGUCAACCCCUCGCUCUGCACCUGCCUGAUGGCUGAGGUCGAUUGCACAAUCACCUCCGAUGACGCCGACGACUACGGGUCCAUCUUCAGCUACAUCUGCGCCGCUGACGAGUCGUACUGUGCCGGCAUCGCCCGCAACGCUACCCUUGGCAAUUAUGGUGCCUACUCUGGCUGCUCCGCCAAGCAGCAGCUGGCCUUUGUCGCCAACCAAUACUACCAGGACAGCGGCAGCAACUCAGCCAGCGCCUGCGACUUCAGCGGCCUCGCCACCACUCAGGCAGGCACCACCGCCUCCACUUGCUCCAGUCUGCUCUCUGCCGCUGGCACGGCCGGUACGGGCAGUGUCGUCAGCCCCACCGGCCAACAGGGCACCGCCGCCGGCUCCAGCAGCUCAUCUGGUGGUGCCAUGGGUGGCUUUGCCGGCCUGGGCGGUAAUGGACCCAGCUUCUUCGACUUUGGCAAGGUCUUGUUCUUUGCCUAUGCCAUCGCUGGUAUCGUGUCUGCUGUUUCCAUCUUUGUUCUGUAA